AUGGCGGCCGUGAGUCUGAGGCUCGGAGACCUGGUGUGGGGGAAGCUGGGCCGGUAUCCUCCAUGGCCAGGAAAGAUUGUUAAUCCACCUAAAGAUCUGAAGAAACCUCGUGGAAAAAAGUGCUUCUUUGUGAAGUUUUUUGGAACAGAAGAUCAUGCUUGGAUCAAAGUGGAGCAGCUGAAGCCUUAUCACCCUCACAAAGAGGAAAUGAUAAAGAUUAACAAGGGUAAGCGCUUCCAGCAAGCUGUGGAUGCUGUAGAGGAAUUUCUUAGAAAAACCAAAGGCAAGGACCAGGCGUCUUCCCAUAACUCCAAUGAAGAGAAGAAUCGGCGUAAUUCCAGUGAAGAAAGAGGCAAGCAAUCCGCUGGUGAAGAGAAACGCAAAGCCAGUUUGUCUGAAGGGAAGUUGAAGAAGGGCACAGGGGAAGGAAAAAAGAGGGUCUCUUCUGUAUCGUCAGAGAGAGGAUCAAAAUCACCUUUGAAAAGAGCCCAGGAUCAGAGCCCCCGAAAGCGGGGGCGUCCACCCAAGGAUGAGAAGGACCUCACAAUUCCAGAGUCAAGUACAGUGAAGAGAGUGAUGACUGGAACAGUGGCUGGAUUUAAAUGGCCACCAAGCGUCAGUGAGCCUGUGAAGGACAGUGAUCCACACUUUCAUCACUUCCUGCUGAGCCAGACAGAAAAGCCCGCUGUCUGCUAUCAAGCCAUCACAAAGAAGCUGAAGGUUUGUGAAGAGGAAACAGGAUCCACCUCCAUCCAGGCAGCAGACAGCACAGCAGUCAAUGGCAGUAUCACGCCUACAGACAAAAAGAUAGGAUUUCUUGGACUUGGCCUGAUGGGAAGUGGCAUUGUCUCCAACUUACUGAAGAUGGGUCACACUGUCACUGUCUGGAACCGGACUGCUGAGAAGUGUGAUUUGUUCAUCCAGGAGGGGGCACGGCUGGGAAGAACCCCCGCUGAAGUUGUCUCCACCUGUGACAUCACCUUUGCCUGUGUAUCAGAUCCAAAAGCAGCAAAGGAUCUGGUACUUGGUCCGAGUGGAGUGUUGCAGGGGAUUCGCCCAGGGAAGUGUUAUGUGGAUAUGUCCACUGUGGAUGCAGAUACAGUCACAGAGUUGGCCCAGGUGAUAGUGUCCCGGGGUGGUCGCUUUUUGGAAGCACCGGUCUCGGGAAAUCAGCAGCUAUCUAAUGAUGGGAUGCUUGUGAUCCUGGCAGCUGGCGACAGGGGUUUAUAUGAGGACUGCAGUAGCUGUUUCCAAGCGAUGGGGAAGACCUCUUUUUUUCUAGGUGAAGUAGGCAAUGCUGCCAAGAUGAUGCUGAUUGUGAACAUGGUCCAAGGCAGCUUCAUGGCAACGAUAGCAGAAGGACUGACUUUGGCUCAAGUGACUGGGCAGUCCCAACAGACCCUUCUGGAUAUCCUCAAUCAGGGACAACUUGCCAGCAUCUUCCUGGACCAGAAGUGCCAAAAUAUCUUGCAAGGAAACUUUAAACCUGAUUUCUACCUGAAAUACAUACAGAAGGAUCUUAGAUUAGCUAUUGCACUGGGCGAUUCUGUCAACCACCCAACUCCAAUGGCAGCUGCUGCCAAUGAGGUCUAUAAACGAGCAAAAGCAUUGGACCAAUCAGACAACGACAUGUCUGCAGUGUACAGGGCCUACAUCCACUAGGCUGCACCGUACUUACUGUUAAUACUAUGAUUAUUGAUUAAUAUUAUUAUGAUACUGGGUUUUAACUCUGGACCAGUCCAUCUCUGUCUCUCCAUUUCCUUUUAUACACAGACUUUGAGAUCUGCCACGGAGGCAGCUGCUGCGGUGAGCCUUCCCCUGGUGGCAGAAGGGGGGGAGGAGGGGGCUCGGAUUGUUGCAGUCUAAUUAGAAAAAUCCAUGCCAUGCACUGACAGUCAUGGAACAGAACAGUGGCGGCUUGUUCAGAAGCUCUGAGGCAACUCUGCCAGAAAUCUGCUGCUUGGCUGCUUUUAUUUUCCUCUUUGUAUGCUUGUCCAAGAUGCUGUUUCUAACGAUCCCUUUUCUCCUUUGCUGUGAAAUAAUGCGUGUGUUGGACUCUCUGCAUCAAGGGGACAGGUGACAUACAUCCCAUCUACCUGUGAAUAUCACUAAAGUCCUUGGUCCCAAGUAAGGUGAGGAGCAUUCCUGUUAAUCGGCCACUGUUAAAAGAACAAAGCACCUCCCAUGGAGGAGAAUGGCAGUUCCAGAAGGUAAUGGGGUUGCAUGCAACACUGUCUUGAUUCUGUUUCUUUUUAAACUUCCACCUCCCCAGCACCUCGAUGGAGGAAUUCCUUGUACUGUUAAGAAGAACAGAUUGCAUCCAUGUCUUCCCCUGUACAGACAACUAUAGCUUAGGGAACACAAACCUUACUGAAAAUGAGAGAAUGCUGGUGUAAAUGAGCCUCCUAAAAGGCUAAUCACAGCUGCCCAUCCCACAAACAGCAUUGGAGAUCAACAUAUUUGCAUAGAAAACUGCAAGAGAAACAUAUAGCCUAAAACUGGGCCAGAGGUAUUUUAUUUGGGGAAGGAACAAACCUUAGGGUUGCCCCUGGCCUUAGCUUAUGUUGCUUUACCUCUUGCCUUUUUUUUUUUUUUUUUCCCUUGUAGUCAGUAAUUACAAAGGUGUCUUGGAUUGUAGCAGUGUCACAAGCAGAGUGAUGAGUCUGAAAGAGGUGAGAAGAAUGAUCAUAGAGCCAAGAGAUUGAGUAUCCUGAGCUCCUUUCCACGCUCGCUCUCUGGCCUUUGCAUGGUCAUUAUAUCUCUUAGCCUGUUUGCCCAUCUUAAAGGUGGGUGAUGAUUACCUACCUCACAGGGAUAUUUUUGUGUACUGAUUAGUGAUCUUCAUACAUGUCAGAUUUUCCAUACAUGUUCUUAGUGUUACUACUCUGGGUACAACACUAGCACAGCAUGAGACUUUUCCCUGUACCUGUGACUCUGCUUGUGGCCAGAUACCAACUUCUAGAAAGACUAGUAAAUAAAAUGGGAGGCUAAGACCACUGCUGAGCUUUAGUCUAGAAACAUGGGACUUGAACUGCAGAUGCCAAGGCUAGAGAGCAGAGAUGCUCUCAGUAUUGAUAGCAGAGCAACCCAGAGUCCAAAGGGUGCCUGUGUCUCUAAAAAUGCACAGAGCAUGGUUUUUGGUUUUUGUUUUUAAAUUGUUCUCAGUAUUAGCCUUUUAGGAGGGUUCUUGCAUUUUAGAUUUGAGAGUUAGUAAAAUGCCAGUAAGAAACUUUAUUGGCCAAAAUCACUUCUCAGUGGCACAAUCUCCUCCCUUGGGUUGGGAUUCUGAAAGGAAGGAAAGCAAAUUCAAAUUAGACCAUGUUCCUUUAAAUCCGUGAGGUCUGCCCCUCCCACCGUCUUAUUUUUCUAGGAACUUAAUGGCUGUGUAGGGGAAUUUUCCUGUGGGUUAGGAUUUCUUACCAAUCCUGCUUUGUGCAGCACGUGCAUAUGGUUCAGGGGCAUCUUAUUAAGAAACAGAGAAAGUAUCAGAUACUCAUUAUGAAUCAUGACAUCUAACGCCUAAUGCUGUAAAUGUUACUUUGUUGAAUAUUUCACCUCCUGUGAUCACUAUUAUUUGUGGGCUAAUAUUGUGUUAAUGCAUUAUGUCCUGUGGUGAACAUCUCCUAGUAAUAGAUCUGUUAGACAUCACUCUCCCCGUUUGUCAGUGGUAUAUGCGAACAAUACUAGUUAAACAUACAUGUUUCUUUGGCAGUGCAACUGUCAUCCUGCAUGUAGAUAUUCAUAUUAAAGGCACAUAUAACUACCCAGGAUAACCAGCCAUUAGCCUGCUUUUGACACACUUGCGCUUCCCCCAUCCAGAAGAACUCAGCUGUUAGCAUCAGAAGUCCUUGGUUAAACAUGCCGCAGUUAAGAUAUCACUUACAUGAAUUGUGUAUUGAGGGCAUCCGGGGGACGUUGUGGUUUUGGGGGCAGGAGAUGAGACCACAGGUUUUAUAGUGUAAGAAAUCUUUCGGGAGGAAGAAGGAGGUGCUGUCUCAGGUCCAGUUGAGAGCGGAACUGUGCUGAGCCAGUGCAGCAGCAUCCCCGACCUGUCCCUGCGGAGGUCUCUUGGGCCAGAGUGAAGGUGAAUGGGUCUGAGCAAAGGUAACGGAGAUCUCCCUCUUUUUUUACUUUGUGGUGCCUCUGGAUAGAGUGAGAAUACAAAAGGAGCUCUCAAGUCCUGUGAUGUGUGUUUCGUAGUGAAUUCCAAGAACCGUAUUUGUGAGAGGGAGAACCACUCCCUAGGCAACUCACUGCUGCAGGUUUUGUUUUCCAGAAAUACUGUAGUUCUCAAAAUGGAGAUGGUUAUUUAUGUGGGAGUGGCAGGUGCAGACUAGUUAAACACUGUAAUUUAUCCUGGGAAAGUCCGACUGCAGCUUUCUGGCGAGGGAGGUGGAUGUGGAGUGGCUGGAGGGCGCAGUGCUGCCCAGCCAGCUGUACAAUCACAGAUAUGCCAGGGAGGAGCAGGAGGAGACCGAGAGCUCUGAAGCAGAUGUGAAGGGAGGAGGAGGGAUGGAAAUGGUGAAAACCGGGCUGUUUCGGAUGCCGUUUGGGAUUGACUCGUCUCAGUCUCACUCGGAUUCUUGUAUUUAUGUCUGUAGCCUCUGAACAUGGAUCUUAAUCUGUUCCUAGGCCUGAGAUU